GUUUAGUGUUUUGGACAUGGAUUUAUGGGGACUUGCGACGACUAGUUUAGUUCAUGACUUUGUUUAUUACGUAAAUUUGUGUUGAUACACGAACCUCAAAAUGUUGCGAACGACAAUGCUAAUUAGUUUUAUCAAGAGGAAUGCAACUUUGGAUUCGUAUCGUGUUUUCGGUGGUAGAAAAUGCCAGCUCAAAAUAAGCAGACUUGAAUUUGCAAAGAAUUUUCAAACUGAGCCUCCUAAUACAAGUGACUUGACCCAACAGAAAUACACCACAAAAAUUGAAAAGUGGGUUGCAAGUUUAUCACCUGCGCAACACAGUAUUCUCCUGUCUGUGCUGUUAAAGCAAACAGAAGUGCCUAAAGACAGUUUACCACCACUGCCUUUAACAACAUCACAGCUUCUUCAUGUUGGAAUACAUUACUCCCUUCCUUUCAUUGGGUUUGGAUUUUUGGAUAAUUUCAUCAUGAUUAUUGCUGGUGACUACAUAGAUUUAACGGUUGGAAGUAUGCUUGGAAUUUCUACAAUGGCUGCAGCUGGAAUAGGGAAUGCAAUAUCAGAUGUUGCUGGAGUUGGAUCUGCUCAGUUUGUUGAGUCUUUUUCACAAAAAUUAGGUAUUCCUCAACCAAAGCUUGAGCCUCAGCAGUAUGCUUUUCCAUCAACGACCUGGGCGAUUAAUAUCGGGCGUGCUGUUGGUGUUGCUAUUGGAUGUUUACUUGGGAUGGUACCACUUCUGUUUUUGCCUACAUCAGAUAGCAAGAGGCAUUCACAAGAUGCUAGCCAUGUGUAGUUGGAGGGUUGCUGAUUGGUAAAAAUAUUUUGGAUACGUAUCCUAGACACAUUUUACUAUCCGAUCCGUGCAUUGGACAUUUUAAAAAUCAUUCCUGUGAGCUUUUGCUGAGAUUUUAAAUGUUGAGUCAUCACAUAUUGAUUGCAGGCAUCAACCGCAUGUUGUAUUAAAUAUGAACUUUGGGGGAGAACCAUCCCCUAAUACUGCCAACUCCGUAGAUUUUAUUCUAGCAUAGUUGUCACCUUGAGAAAUAAAUGAAAACUAAAACCCG